AUGGCAUCAGAAAGUUCUAAUAAUGAUGGCGAUGGCGAUGGCGAUGACGAUUAUGAUUUUUCAUUUCCUAUUGCACCAGGUCCUUACUGGAAACUACCAAGUCCAUCAUUAGUUCUUGAAUACUUUACCGUGUUGAGAGUCAGUACAUCGCCGGCGAUUGAUUACGUUCUUGUGGUAGAUACAGGAAGUUCUCUCACGUGGAUCCAAUGCUUUCCUUGUAAUAAAUGUUAUGAGCAAGUAGCUCCCAUAUUUGAUCCAAAACGGUCCGCAACGUAUUCGGUCAGGUAUUGUAAUCAACAUGUAUCACCUUGUGAUGGAUGUAACGAUCGUGGAGAAUGCACUUACAAUUAUGUCUAUGGUGACGGAUCAUACUCGCAAGGAGUAAUAGCUCAAGAAGUUUACAGUGUCGGUGAUCAUAUGAUGAAUUUGACUAUCGGAUGCGCGCAUAAUAGUAGCGGAACAUUUAAUCAUUCCGAUGGAAUAUUGGGGCUUGGUCGUGCUGAAUUCUCUUUUGCAUCUCAAGUUGAUCGUAGGUAUGGUUUUAAAAAGUUCUCUUAUUGUCUCGUCGAUAAGUCCAUGAAAGAAGUACCUGUUGUAUCAUCUAUAAGAUUUGGCAAUGACUUAUUAGAUCUACCGAGCGAUGUAGUGUAUACACCGAUUAUUCAAAACCCCGACCAUUACUACAUCAACCUUACUAGUAUUAUUGUAGCGAGCAAACUAAUUACAGUUCAUACGUCACUCCCCAAUGGAAUAAUGGUUGAUUCAGGAGCUUUGCUCUCCUCGUUUCCUCGGCCUCUUUAUGAAGCUGUACGUGAUCCAUUCCGUGUUGCUGCUCUUAGACUUGGUUGGAAACCUGUGACUUACAAAUAUCAUGACACGUGCUAUGAUUUGAGUUCAUAUACUGGGGGAAUUGUCACUGUCAAAGCACCAGAGGUGAUUUUGUACUUCGCCGGUGAUGAUGAGGCAGCUAUCGACUUGAAAGCUGAAAACGUAUUGUUUAAUUAUGCUUGGGUCGAGGCGAAUUUUUAUUGUCUUGCAUUUCGGCCAAAUUUAUACGAGGGGUUUGCGAUUCUCGGUAAUGUACAACAACAAGGAAUCCGUGUUGUAUAUGAUAAUGUUGAAAAAGUUAUUGGUUGGUUUGACAGCCUGAUGAAUGGAACAAUAACAGACAGUGAUGUAACUUCUAGAGCUAUAAUGCUUGGAGUUUAUGGUCUGAAAGAUGUGGAAAAGUGUUUCAGCAGUUCCACUACUUUUUCAGGUGGCAUUGGUCUAAUAAUUAGAAAUGUUGCAGGAACACAACAAGCAGCAAGGUGUAUCUAUCUAACGGAAAUUAGAAGUGCAGAACAGGCGGAGUGCAUUGGACUGUGGCAGGCUGUGCGUUGGGAAAAGGAGCAAAAGUUAGAGAAAGUUCACUUUGAGAUGGAUGCCAAAUUCGUUGUUGAUGCUGUUAACAAAAACAAUGGAGCCAUUGAUUGGAGACUGCACAACAUUGUUCUUGACAUUAAACAUUUGUUUUCAGUUUACUUCUUGGAAAUUGUCUUAUGUUCCAAAAUAAAGAAAUAA